AUAUCGAAAGUGGUCUUACCUAUGUGUGCAGCAUCGUAUGCCCACUUGUCAGCAUAUAGUAGCAACGGCAGCGACCAAGAAACAAAUUUCUCCUUCUACCAAAGUCUUCACACGACCCAACGCGCCAUCAGUAUCAAGUAUAAUCGUGCACGAAGUGUAUUAGCCGUAUCGUCACAGCGCUUUUGUGGGUAUCGCUCCACCGUGGGUAGUUUUUGUAGUUUUAAAAAAAUAAUAACAUAUAGCACAAGCGCGAUUCAACUGUGUAUUAUUUUUUAUUUUUUUUUGUCAAUUUUAAACAUUUCUUUUAACAACACAAAGUUGUCAAUAAUAUCACGCCAAUAUGAAUAUUUGGACAGAUACGAAGAAUCUGAUAUCCUUUCUAACGCUGUUUGUGUGCUUUUUUUCGACACAAAGUCAAACAAUCACUUCCAGAACAGCGCAUAAAAUCAACAACGAGCAACCAGGUGUUGUCGAUUUAGCAAAGCAGAAUAGUAUUACACAGCAAAUAUUGGCACAAUACCUGCAAAAACGUUUGACCAGAGCAGGCCUGAACCAGCAACCACCGCUGGGUGUCGUUGAUAACAAUAAGAAACUCGGCGAAAAUCCUUACACCGAACUACCUAACGAAGAGGAUUUGACCAAAGGUGCCCAAACGGAACUCUAUCAAGGAGAAUGUAGUAGUAGCAACUGUGUAGAUUCAGAUACAGUUUCAGUAAAUAAGUUAUCGUUGCAACUGUUGCGGUCUGGUGAAAAAAAGUUAUACUUGGGCAUUUUCUUUAAGGCUAAUUGGUACAAAGCCGCACAAUACUGCAGAUAUCAUGGUAUGCAUUUGGCCAGCAUUAGCAGCCAAGAAGAAAAUGACAAAUUAGAAAAAUACAUUAAAGAUUUUGGUAUGGGCCAUGAACAUUUUUGGACAUCCGGCACCGAUCAGGCAGAGGAAGGUUCAUUCUUUUGGUUAGCAAACGGCAGACCUAUUGGAUUUACCAAUUGGAACGCUGGCGAACCGAAUAACUUCAAAUAUGAAAACGGCGAAGAAGAACAUUGCUUAGAGCUUUGGAACCGAGAUGGUAAAGGCUUGAAGUGGAACGACUCGCCGUGUUCUUUUGAAACUUUUUUCGUGUGCGAAAUGUAGUUGUUGUGUGUACAUACUGUACAUGGACUUUUGUCAAGUGUUUGGAUGCGUUCAUUUUUUCAUAGAAAAAUAACCAUUGAUGUCAACCUCAAAUUUGAAAGUGUUUGCCAAUGUGUCCAGAGAGACGUUCAAAAAAUAUACUUGGUCUUUGAAACACUUCUUUUGUCAUAUUGUUCUCACAUUCAUUUUGUUUUCAUUCAAAUCACUAUUUUUAAUUAAAAACAAUUUUGUAUGUUUGUAAAAAGUUAAAUUAUAUAAUAUAUUGUACCAAUACAAGUUUAAUAGUAAGUAAAACUCGUUUAAAUUAAUUAAUUUAUAGAAAUAUAAUAUUAUUUUUUAUAAUUACAAUCAAAUACUUAAAAUUAAAACUCU